UCCUUCCCGCGAGCCCUGAGGCUCAACAGGCCCGCUCCCCGCCCGUUUUAGUGUGGAAGUUGGAGUCUGCUAGGCCCGGACUGAGGUUCUGCCAGGGGUUCCCCAGAGUCCGCUUUUGCGGAACCUGCCGCCGCCAUGGGCCCGCUGCGCUACCCGCUGCUGCGCUGGGGCGGGAGGCUGAGGGCGUCCGCGGGAAGCCAGCUGCAGCUCGCGACCCGCCCCCGCGGCCACCCCUUGCAGGCCAGCCCGGCCAAGAGGCCCCGGGCCGCGCAGGAGGACCCCGGCACGCCGCCCACGUCGCCGCUCAGCCCCGAGCAGCUGGUCCGCAUCCAGAGGAACAAGGCCGCCGCCCUGCUCAGGCUCGCCGCGCGCAACGUGCCGGUGGGGCUGGGCGAGAGCUGGAAGCAGCAGCUCAGCGGAGAGUUCGGGAAGCCGUACUUUGGCAAGCUCAUGGGGUUUAUUGCAGAAGAAAGAAAGCACCACACGGUGUAUCCACCCCCCCACCAAGUCUUCACCUGGACUCAGAUGUGUGACAUAAGAGAUGUAAAAGUUGUCAUCUUGGGACAGGAUCCCUAUCACGGACCCAGUCAAGCUCAUGGGCUUUGCUUCAGUGUUCAGAGACCAGUUCCACCUCCACCCAGUUUGGAAAACAUUUAUAAAGAACUGUCUACAGACAUAGAUGGUUUUGUUCAUCCUGGUCACGGAGAUUUAUCUGGGUGGGCCAAGCAAGGUGUUCUCCUACUCAACGCUGUCCUCACCGUCCGGGCACAUCAAGCCAAUUCUCAUAAGGAAAGAGGCUGGGAACAGUUCACGGAUGCAGUUGUGUCCUGGCUGAAUCAGAACUCCAGUGGCCUUGUCUUCCUGCUCUGGGGCUCAUAUGCUCAGAAGAAGGGCAGUGCCAUCGAUAGGAAGCGGCACCACGUGCUGCAGACAGCUCACCCCUCCCCGUUGUCAGUGUACAGGGGGUUCUUUGGGUGCAGACAUUUCUCUAAAACCAAUGAGCUGCUGCAGAAGUCUGGCAAGAAGCCCAUCAACUGGAAGGAUCUGUGACCCUGAACCGAGGUGGGGCCUCCACUGGCGUCAGAGUGUUUGCAGUUAUGAAGUUGAGUUGAAAAGAUAAUUUCCCUGAUAAUCGUUAAGCACUCUGUAGAAAGAGAAAGUGUCAGUUCCGCAGCUAUGAGCCAGGCCGCAAGGAGCCGCAGCUUCAGCCAGCCAGAAAGAUGGCAGCACGCCGCCGUGGCUGCAGUGUGGCUUUGGCUUAAACAAGCCGUCACUCAAGCCUCAGGAAGGAGGGGGUCAGACACUUCUCCACUCUGUUAGCCUGCUUGAUGGCAAAGUAGGGUGCGGGGAUCCCCUUUUGGUGCCUAUUGCUACGCGUUUUUACCUGUUAGGUCAGACUUAGAUUAUAAAGUGAUAAGUUUUUUUAUUUAGAAAGGCCUCCCUUGGCCUUCCACACAGCCACGGGCCUCCUUGAAAGAAGCAUCUUUUUUGCAAGUUCCAAAACUAGCCCUGAGAUUGGGGAUCAGCUACCUGGUUGUAAUAGAGAAGAACGUGCCCAGGGAAUGAUCCUCAAGGAUGAAGAGGCAGAGGCAAGCUGGUUAUUGCUCAUGCCUUACUCUGAAUGUUUCUAGGAAUAAGCUGUGAAAGUUGAACAAGAAGAAAGGGGUUUGUGGGGACUUUUGUUUUGUUUUGUUUUUUUUAAGAAGAAAUGUUUUCUCCUAGGUGUAUCCUGAUUUGGGGUUUUUAAGGCAGUAUUGACUGCCUGCCAAAUGCUGUUUUAUAGACUGGAACACUGGAGAAUUUUUUCCUUUAUAAUGUGUAUAUAUUUGUUUAAUCCCUUGUUUAAGAGACAAUCUUUGUUCUGUAGCGACAUCCUAGAUCCUGUUAAAGAUAGUUUUUGCUCUUAGCUGGGUGAGAGUUUAAACCUAUCUGAAUCUGGUAAUAAAGAUUG